UCCAAAAUCAGUUCCCUCUCUUUUCUCUUUUAUCUCUCAAACCCUAAUUCCAUUGCUUCCGAGCUCAGCUAAAGGCGUAAAACCAGUAACCGCGUGAACAUUCAAAGCUGCAAAAUGAGAAUGGCGGCAUUAGAGGAGUCUUCUGUGAGGGAAUCGUUAACAUCCGGCAAGCCUCAUUCUCGUAAGAGGCAGAAAAGCAGCCGAUCAUCGCCCAAUUCCGACUCAUCUGCUCCCGCGGCGGAAUCAGUGGACGUGAAUUGCCUCAGUGCUUCGCGGAUUCUACUGACUAAAGAUCUUAGGCAUAAGAGGGUUUUCAGUCCAGCCGUCAAUUCAGAAUUCGAGGAGGAAAAUGAAGAGCAGAGCAAGUUGCUGAAGGGUUUCGUUUCAAGCGCGGCCCCUGAUUUCGAUGUGAAGGAGUACAAGCUUGGAAAAUCUAGGUUCGCGAGGUCGGAGGUGGGGGAUGAAAGGAUUGAUGGGGCAAAUGAUCUGAAAUUGGAAGAUCGGACAAUUCCUCUUCCCAAUGUGAAAAUGGCUCCUAAUGGUUGUCAGAGGAAGAAGGUUUUCAAGACUCCGAAUUCAUUCAGCUAUAGAAGAUUGCUUCCGCAUUUGAUGGAUAUUGUCAACAAUACAUCUAGUGUUUCUAAAUUUGAAUUAGUGGAUGCUGGAAGUCCGUCUAGUUUUCGAGAGCUGGAUGGUGUCAGUUUUGAACCGAGGUCUAUUGCUGAGAAUAGUUGUGCAAUUGAAACUGAGUGUGUUGCUUCUGAGUUUGAUAAUGAUGCAAGAGAAACCCCUGCAAAAGUUUCCAACAUUCAGCUAGAUUUGAGUGGUGAGGGUAAUGAACCGGAUCGGACUGCAGAAAUCACCGGGCUGCAAAAAGAGAAGGAAAAUGGACAUCAGAAUAACAUGAAUGGAGUUGAUGGUGCAUCAGUAGAAGGAUGCAUCCAGACAACCCCUCCUGAUCCUGGUACCCUUGCCAAUACAGAGGCCGGUCGUGGCAGAGAAUCAGCGGAUGCUAAGACUAACCAGACAUUCAUUGGGUUGUCAGUUAGCAGAGAGAAGGGCAGCAGUGCCGCCUCGAAGCAGUGUCCGGAUACCAAAUGUGAUGCCAAAUUGAUGAACAAAAUGGCUCUGAAUCCAUGUUCCCGACUGAGGCUCUUCGGGAACCACCCCAGGUCAGUCAGUUACAGAAGACUGCUUCCGUUUCUGAUGGACAUAUCCAAAGCUGAUUCAUGUACCACAGCAAAGCCUCCAAAAAGAUUGCCUCGGGUUGUUUCAGAAGAAGAUAAACAUCCAGCUCCUGCUGCCACUGCUGAACACUAUUUUGUGAAUAAUGCUCCAAAGGGAAAAAUCUACAAAAUAUUAUAUGCUGAAGAUAGAAUCCAAACUGCCUCAGAUGGCUCAUCUCCUUGUAGUAAUAGUAAUCUGGUUUCAUCGAAACUAGAGUUAUCUGCCACCAAUUAUUCAUCAAAUAUUGAUCCUAGGUCAGUUCAUUCUGAAAGUCUUCCUGAUCUAGGCAUGGUGAAUGAAGAAAAUUCACGAAGUAAAAGUGGUAGGGCAAAGUUACAACUAGAUCUUGGAUCAAAAGAGACUACUUCAGUCGCAGAACCAUCAUCGGUUGUCAGCUAUAUUCAGACCAAGCAAUGUACUUUUGAAGAGGCUAAGUUAGUUGAGAAACAAAAUAUGUGCUUGAGUGUGGGAUUAGAACAUAACAAUCAUAAUACCGGUUCAAGUGAAAUAGUUAACUUGAAGCAACACUCAUCCCAUAUCAACAAAUUGGAUCAUUUGGAUGCUUUGGUUUCUCCUAACAGGCCUUUCAAAGGAAUACUUAAGAGAAAUCGUCGAGGAUGCAGAGGGUUAUGUAAUUGUUUGAAUUGUGCUUCUUUUCGUCUUCAUGCUGAAAGAGCAUUUGAGUUUUCAAGGAACCAGUUGCAAGAUGCGGAAGAAGUUGCAUCACAGUUGAUGAACGAACUAGCAAAUGUUCGUCUUUUAUUGGAGAAAUCCAUCAUUGAAAAAGAUGAUUCUGCUAGCAUCCGACCCUGUCCGGUUCUCAUUAAAGAAGCGUGCGAUAGAGCAAUUGAAGCAGAAAUUCUGGCAAAGGCGCAUCUUGGUGAAUUGAACAAGGAUCUUAGUGUUCAUUGCAGAAUCCCAGACUUGCUACAGCCCAAGGUAUCUUUUGCUCACAGCAAUCAAUACAGGGAAAUAUAGAACUCAUCAAGUAGCUCUAAAGGUUCUAACAGAACCCAUGUGUUGGUAGCUGUAUAUGAGCUAAUUGUUCCUGCGUCAUGAUUCAGAGUGGUCGUGUUUGCUCGAACGUGCCUCUUCUAUUUAUAAUGUAUAGAGUAGUCUGCCUUUGAAGCAUAUUUGCAACCUUUGAUUUCUGUAUCCAAUUGAGGCAUCAGUGUGAUCUUAGCAUCCCAUUACAUUCUAGAUGAGUUAUGUACAUACGUUACACGUUAUAUAUAACGAACUGUUCAAGUGA